AUGGUGCUUGAUUACAAAGAAGUGGCGCCUCCAACAGGGCUUCUUUGCACUCGUGAACCUAGCCCGAAAUUUUCCCUUGGUUGGUGUGACUACCACUCCGAUUGGUCUCUUCCGAGUUUGAAGGCCAGGUACAUGCGCGUUCAGGUGUUUGUUGUAGCACAAGAGUUGGUAUUGAGAGGCCGCCGACUCUCCAUCUCCAGCUGCGGUACAGCAAAGCAAACCUUUUCCAUCCAGAAUAGCGGAAACGAGCUCAAGUUGGAUCGCAUCCAGUCCAAUAUCAAGUUUGAUGUGAAUUGGAACAGAAAUGCAUGGGUUAUCGCGUCGAGAGCAAAAGGCAAGGACGCAAUAUUGACGCGACGCGGUUUUAAAGUCCGAAGAUUACAUAAACAUUUUCUAGCGUGGUUUUGGGGGCGUGGUAACAAACAGACUUCAUAUAUUGUGAACCAAGUCUGUCUACGAGAGACUAGCCUGCACAGGGUUGACUCCACUUGUUACUCUCCUGGCUUCGCUGGGGCUUCAGCACCGUGCGACAGGCACUCUGGUAUUGCCGAGUCCCUUCGUGGGUGUUUGCUUCGGCACAGCUGUGGGAGUUUCGAUGACAGCCCUUCAGCACGACCAGCUUCACCAUCUCCAACGCCGCCGAAAGGACUCAGGAGUGCGGGGAACAGACACAUACAUUAUGGCGAGGUGGACACGCUGAACGAUGAAGGUACAUCUUCGCGCCGCCGUCCUCCACUUGACAAACAUGCCGAACGAUUCACUAUGUGGCUUGAAGCUACAAUCGUGUAUACCGGCCGUGGGGCCAAAACCUCGAAAGGAAAGGGCGGCCUCUUGCUGAGACAAGGUAUACAAAGAGCCUCUCCGAUAUCUUUCGCCGACUUGUCCUACCUUGCCAACAACACCAGCAGGUCUCUACUACAUGAAGCCGCAUCCCAGAAGGACCUCCGCUUGAUUGAGCUGGCGGUGCUGGGGCCGACGUGUGUAUUCGGAAUCGCAAGGGAAAUUUGGCGCAUGACAGCUGGAAAGGACAAUCACGUCCACAUGUUCUUUAACCAAUUUGCAAACCAUGAUACAGCCCUCCUCUUAAUUCAACACCAGCUUCUGUAUGUGUAG